AUGUGCCCGAUUGUCAUCAAGUCUUUCUCUCCCUCGAAGAGAGGCGAUACAGCGGAGGGUAAGCAGCGGGUGUCAUACUCCACCACUCAACGGCUGCUGCGGAUUGUGUCGGUGCUCAUCAAGAAUUUCCAGAGUACUCUGGUGACGGAGAGUGAGAUCUUUUUAACCAUGCUGGUUAAAUUCCUACAUUCUGAUUGGCCCACAUGGCAACAGACCCUGGCCAUAGAGGUAUUGAGGGAUCUGUCGGCCCAUCCCAAAUUGAUCAGACAAUACUGCGAGUGUUACGACAUGCAGGAGCACUCAGCCCCUGUGUUCUCAAUGAUUGUGGCGGGAGUGACCAAAUACAUUCAAACGGAAGUCAAGACCGAUGCACAGACGGCCUACCAGAACCCGUCCGCAGGAAGCAACCGAUACCUUCUGUAUGUGCUGCUGUGUAAGGGUGGAUAA